AUGGCCUGCCAAAGCUGCCGAUACCAGGCAAGACUCCUAGCCCGGAGCCUACGCGCCACCGCCGACCUGGCGUCCGCAUCGCCGUCCCAGCAGACAUCCAUCGCCGCGACGGCGCGCCGAGCGGCGGCACUGACGACAACCAAGACCGGUGGCCCAGCCGCGACUACCACGACGGGAAGGAGGCACUUCAGCCAGACGGCGACGCGGCGGGACGCGGCGCCGUCGUCCGGCGGACUCAAGCAGGCCAUUGCGUCGGGCAUGAUGGCCGCCGCGCCAAAGACCAUGGCCGCGACCCUGACCACCUCCCGCCUCGAGGCGCUAUACAAGAUCUGUUCGUCGCCGGCGCUGUACAAGAUCUCGGAGCAGGAGCGCGCCAAGGAUAUGGUGCGCAUGACGGCCGAGGGGGAGGAGGUUGGAGACCCCAUUGGGCCGUGGUUGCAAUUCCUCGACCUCCAACCGGGUUUCAGCUCCUGGUCCCAAGCCACGAUGCUGCACAUGUACCUCGUCCUCGCCCGCCUGCGCUGCCUCGACCGCGACAGCUCCCGCAACCUGCAGCACCAGUUCAUCGACCAGUUCUUCUUCGACUGCGAGCGCAUGAUGCACCUCAACCACGGCAUGACCUCGUCCGCCCUCCGCCAGCGCUACCUCAAGGAAAUCUUUGUCCAGUGGCGCGGCCUCAUCGCCGCCUACGACGAGGGCGUCGUCAAGGACGAUAAGGUCCUCGGCGCCGCCGUGUGGCGGAACCUGUUCAAGAGCCGCGAGGAUGCCGACCUGCGACAGGUCGCUGCCGUGGUCGGGUGGAUGCGCGCUACGCUGCAGGACCUCGAGGCGGCGCCCGUGGAGGACAUUCUGGUGGCGCCGGCUAAAGUGUUCAAGAGGGAUGUGAGGGAGAUGUUUGCUCUUGUUGAUGCUGUUGGGCCGCAGGUCAAGGGGGAUGUUGCGAAGCUUGGGGGUGGCCAGGAGCAGGCGGCGGUAAAGGCGCAAUAG